AUGGCGGUAGCUGAAGCAGCUUCCAAUGUGCCUUGCCGCUCCUUGACGGCUUGGCGGGACACCUGGCGCCAGCUCGCCACGCAGGCCCGCACGGCCGAAUGCGACGUGCGACGGGACUUGCAGGGCUCCGCACAGCGGCCCUGGAGCCAGGCCUUGGCUGCCGAUCUCCGAACCACGUGGACAACACUGGAGGCCGACCGGCAAGGCUGGGAGAAGGAGCUGUGGACCGGCUUGGGUCAGCUCCGUCAGCGUGUUUCGGUCCUCGGCGCCAACAUUCGCUUCGCGCACAGUUCGGAGGACUUGCGGAAGAUGGUCUCGAACAUGGAGCACAAGCUUCAGGUGCAUGCAGAGCAGGCAAGGCAACAGCACGAGGAGCUGGCCUCCGAAGAGCACAGCCUGCAGCAUGCAUUGCAGGCAUCCUUGGCGCGGUUCGAGGCCUGGACGCAGGACACUGCGCCGCGGCCCGCGCCGCGCCGACGCGCGAAGUCCUGUGAGGGGCCGCCAAAGGGCGCAGCACUUCGGCAGCGCCUCGCGCAGCUCACCGAGCAGCUGGCGCCUGGCCGAGGUGGCUGGAGCCAGGAAGACCAUGAGGCCUUCGCCAGGCUCCUCCUGGGGCGCUUCAAAGGCCGGGCCAGCCCUGCUUUUCUGGAGGAGGCGCAGCUCCUUCUUCCUGGAAAGAGCCACGAGGCCCUGGUGGCCCAUGGCAAGUGGAUCUACGAGCAGGAGGCACUCCACUCGGAGCGUCGGCAGCUCCUGGCUGCGUGGCGCGACCAGAAGGAGCAGGCGGAGAAGGUGCAGGUACAGCCCGUCCAAGAUGCGAUGCAGGAGCGCCAAGCCAGAUCCGCAAAGCGGCGGCAGGCGAAGCAAGAGUGCGAGGAGCGCAAGAGGCAAGUGGAGGCCUGGCGACGAGAGCGGGAGGCCAAGCGCACCGCCGCAGCCGAGCGCUUGGCUGCGGAGCAGCGCAGCAAGGUCGAAGCUUCGAAGGCGCAGCAGUUACAGAGAACAGCUCAGAAGGAGGAGCUGGACGCCUUCCGCCAGCGCAAGGCCGCUGAGAAGGCUGCAGAGCGACUUGCGGCGGAUUGUUUCACGCCGAGAAGGCGCCGGCAGAGUCCCGUCGCCUGUCGCCCGGAGAGAGGCAACGCAUCGCUGCCCGCAGCCAGUCGCUGCUUCGGCAGCGCGAACAGCUCCGCCAAGAGGCUUGUCAGCGGAGGGCCAGCUUCGAGCCCCCCCCGCGGGCUGUCUCCAGCUAUCCCCACGUGGAAAGCCGGCUCUGGAGCCACACCGAGGAGUUUGUGGACAAGGCGCGGAGCCUCCAAGAGACUCAGGAGUUGGAAAAGCGAGCUGCCGCGUCGAAGUACGGCGUGGUGCCAGGGAACUUCGCGCACCAGGCACUGGUGCGGACGGUGA